AUGUCAAAGCGUCCCGUUUCCCCGCCAGGAGGAGGAGCCCUAAUAAAACGCGCCAAAAGUUCUUCUGACGGUUCUGGUGCAUCGACAACGAGAGAAAUAGCUAUUUCUUCGAAUAAUGAUCCACGAAACAAAAGUCUUAUACGAAGUGUACAACGAACAAGUGGAUUAGAUGCUCCAAUUGUCAGUCUUGCGGGCGCACAUUCGGGUGAAAUCCUUUCUUGUCGCUUCUCUCCGUCAGGUCUACACCUCGCAGCCUGCUCCUCAGACCGCUCCCUAUCUCUUUGGAACACUUACUCACCAAACACCAACUUUGGCUUGAUUUCCAGCCUCGCAAAAGCCCCCUUGCUCGACUUCCAAUGGUCAUUGUUCCAGCCAUGGAUAUAUACUGUAUCUGCAGAUCAUCUUCUCUCUGUGGUCGAUACGACAACUGGAGAGAGGGUGCGAAAAGUUCGCGCUCAUUCGGGAAUCAUCAAUUCUCUUGAUCGGACCAUGGCUAGCGGCAGUGGGACAGAGCUGAUUGUCACAGGCAGUGACGAUGGAACGGUCAAAGUUUGGGAAAGCAGUACUGAUGAUGGAGGGGUAGGAAAACAUCCAGUGACGACAAUAGAUAUUGGUUGUCCCGUAACGGGAGUGUGUUGGUCGAAAGACGGACAGAAUGUGUACGUGUCGGCUUUGGAUAAUGAAAUCCAUGUAUACGACCUCCGAAACACUCCUACUGCGACCACCAACGGCUCCUAUCCACGUACCCAACCUCUCCUCUCCCUAGCCGGUCACACUGACACGCCCACCUCCCUCACGCUCUCUCCUGACGGCAACUUCCUCCUGUCUCCGUCUAUGUCAUCCAAUGUCAUUAUUCACGACAUUAGACCCUUCAGCCCUAGUCCCACGAGGAUUCACCGGGUACUAAGAGGCGCACCUGCGGGAUUUGAGAAUACGCUCCUGAGAGGUGCUUGGACGAAGGACGAGGAAGUUCAUGGUGGGAAGGUCGGACAGAGGGUGGCGGUAGGGGGUGCAGAUCGUAUGGUUUGUGUGUGGGAGGUGGAGAGUGGGAAGUUAAUCUAUAAGCUCCCAGGCCAUAAAGGAACGGUAACAUCUGUGGACUUCCAUCCAAAAGAGCCUAUACUACUCACAGGAAGCAAAGAUGGCACGAUGUUGCUUGGGGAGCUUGAAGCGGGUAUAUCUGUGUAA